GAUAUCUCGACAGCUUCUCGCUUAUAUCCCUCUGUCAACCCAGUCCUUCAUGACGAGCACUCCAACACCUUCACAGAACCUCACACGAACCAACACCACCAAAAUGACAAUCCCAAAACUCGACAUCUACCCGCCCCUCAUUAACACCCCCUGUCCUGCAGCAACGACACUCGAGGACCUCCUCAUCCUCUGGAACUGUCCUUCCACCGGCGCCAUAACCACCCGCACCUCACUCCCCUCCGGUUUCCCCCACGACGACACCAAGAACCUCUACGUCUUCUAUGACUCCUCCUCCCACACCGUUUCAUCUUCUACCAACCCUUCUUCCCCCUCAUCAGCAACUCCCACUCACAACGCGACCCUCAACUCCCUCGGCUACAGCCCUUUACCUCUCCAAACCUACCUCAACUUUAUACAGACCAUUACCACGUUCCAUCCUCCUCCUCCUCCUCCCAACAACAACAACAAUGGUCGCAGCAGCAGCAGGAGUAAAACAAUCAUCAUCUCCGUCACCGGUUCCGCAGAGGACGUAGCCCAAUGUUACCUGCACAUUGCCCGUCUCCAAUCGGUAUUAUUUCUUUCCACUUCUCUUUCUUUUGGGGUAAAAGUGGCAAUGGAAAUCAACCUCUCGUGCCCCAACAUCCCGCACCAUCCGCCUCCCGCUUACUCCCGCGACGCGCUGAUCCGUUACCUCGAUUCCCUCGCUGGCGCCAUCAAGGCUGCGGAAGCUGAGGGCCUACCCAGAAUUCCAGUGGGAUUGAAGACGCCGCCGUAUACCUACGAGACGCAGUUCCUGGGGUUGAUGGAGGCUUUGGAGGUUUCGGCUUCUGCGUCGGGGGCGGCUUCGCUUUCAACUUCGACGAGGAACGAAAAGGAAAAGCAGGAAGAAGAAGAAGAAGAAGAAGAAGAAGAAGAAAACAAAGAACCACAAUGUCCAAUCAGUUUCAUCACAGCAACCAACACCCUCGGCAGUUGUCUUGCUUUUACAGCUUUUACACCUUCCACAAAGGACUCUACCUACAGUCAAGAAGCAUUACCAACCGAGUUGGGAACAGGCGGACUAGCAGGGGCGCCGUUACAUCCGUUGGCAUUGGGGAAUGUCAAGACUCUGAGAAAAAUGUUGGAUGAAAGGGUAGAAAAGCUGGGGCAUCAAAUACAAGUAAUUGGGGUGGGAGGGGUGCUAGAUGCACAGGGGUAUAGGAGGAUGAGGAUGGCGGGCGCGGAUGUGGUUGGGUUGGCGAGUGGGUUGUUGUUGAAGGGGGUAAAAGUUUUUGAGGAGAUUGAGAAGGGCGUGGGAGAGGGUGGGUGGUAGUGAGUGAAUGAGGUUGUGCGAUGAAAUGGAAGAGAGGAAGAGAGGAUGGGAUGAUAAGCAAGGUGUGUGGAAUUAAAGAUAAGAGCCGAGGGUACAGAAACAGGGUAAGCAUAAUAUCUUGUGUGAUAGCAGCAAGCGUUUAUGGAGAGAGAGUUUAAAAGGGGGUGGGGGAAGAUGCAAGAGGAUUAUCUGGUAUACAACAACUUUCCGUCUUGUCUUUCUCUGACUUUGGUUUGCAAAUCAAGUUUUUUCGGUGGUUAAAAGUACUUAUUCCUUCAAAAUCUCCUCCAGUCAGCCACAUAGCAAGAUCGAAAUGCCGUCCGAAAAGAAAGACGUUUCGUGUCUACAUCAAACAAAAAGAAAGAGACAAGAUGGGCAAAAUGUAAAAAAGAGAUUGCGUUGCGGUUUGUGUGGAUCGAACACACGACCUUCAGAUUUAUGAGUGAAGUGGACUUCAGUCUGACGCUCUCCCAACUGAGCU